AGUGGCGGCUAGAGCGGGAGCGCUGAGUUGUCGGGCGGCGGGACAGCGGCCCGGAAUAGGGGGCGGGGGUGUUGGUCAUGUUUCCCUUCGGGCCCCACAGCCCGGGCGGGGAUGGGGCGGCUGGAGCUGAGGAGCCGCCGCCUCUCGGAGGGCCGGCGGCAGCUUCCAGACCGCCCUCUCCAGCUCUGCGGCCGGCGCCCCAGCAGCAGCAGGGAGCUGACGCGGCCCCUCCCCCGCCCGCAGCCCGGAGCCCUCGCCUCCCGGGCGGCCCCGCGCUGUCGUCGGCUGAGCGUGCGGGAGAGCUCGCGGCCCCCGGAGCUCUGGAGCUGUCGGCCGCUGCAGCGCAGGCCGAGCUGUCACCGUCGUCCUCGCCGCGCAGGCGCUCGAGGCCAGACUGCAGGGCCGGCCACCGGAGCCGGCAGGGCCUCGGCUCGGGCCUGGGCGGCCCUGGCGCCCGACUGUUCGGGUGGCUGAGGGAGCGGAGCCUCGGCCGCGGGCUGUUCGUGGACCCGGCGCGGGACAACUUCCGCACGAUGACGAACCUGUAUGGUUCCAUCCACCCCGCGGACUCCGUGUACCUUAGCACCCGCACCCACGGGGCUGUCUUCAACCUCGAGUAUUCGCCCGACGGGUCAGUGCUGACAGUUGCUUGUGAACAGACUGAAGUUCUGCUUUUUGACCCUAUUUCUUCAAAGCACAUAAAAACCCUUUCUGAAGCGCAUGAAGACUGUGUGAAUAAUAUCAGAUUUCUUGAUAACCGGCUAUUUGCUACCUGCUCUGAUGAUACUACAAUAGCACUAUGGGAUCUGAGAAAAUUGAACACCAAAGUAUGCACUUUACAUGGUCACACUAGCUGGGUGAAGAACAUCGAAUAUGAUACUAAUACAAGACUCUUAGUAACAUCAGGAUUUGAUGGAAAUGUCAUUAUAUGGGACACUAACAGGUGCACAGAAGAUGGGUGUCCACAUAAGAAAUUCUUUCAUACACGUUUUCUUAUGCGAAUGAGAUUAACACCAGAUUGUUCUAAAAUGUUGAUCUCAACAUCCUCUGGAUAUCUUUUGAUUUUGCACGAUCUGGACUUAACUAAGUCUUUAGAAGUAGGCAGCUAUCCCAUUUUGAGAGCAAGAAGAACUACUUCAAGUUCAGAUUUGACCACUUCAUCAAGUUCUUCUGGUUCUAGAGUUUCUGGUUCACCUUGUCAUCACAGUGAUUCUAACUCAUCUGAGAAACACAUGUCACGAGCCUCUCAACGAGAAGGAGUUUCACCACGAAAUAGUCUUGAAGUCUUAACCCCUGAAGUUCCUGGUGAGAGAGAUCGUGGAAACUGUAUCACAUCUUUACAACUGCACCCCAAAGGCUGGGCCACCCUUCUUCGGUGCUCAAGCAACACUGAUGAUCAGGAGUGGACUUGCGUCUAUGAAUUCCAAGAAGGAGCUCCAGUGCGGCCUGUGUCACCUCGAUGUUCCCUGCGGCUGACUCAUUACAUUGAAGAAGCUAAUGUAGGCAGGGGCUACAUCAAAGAACUUUGCUUCAGCCCCGAUGGACGAAUGAUUUCUUCCCCACAUGGCUACGGGAUUCGCUUGUUGGGAUUUGACAAGCAGUGCAGUGAGCUUGUUGACUGUUUACCCAAAGAAGCCAGCCCCCUACGGGUGAUUCGCUCUCUGUACUCUCACAAUGACGUGGUCCUGACAACAAAGUUCUCUCCAACACACUGUCAGAUUGCCUCAGGGUGCCUUAGUGGACGGGUCUCUCUGUAUCAGCCAAAGUUUUAGGCACAACUUACAUCAAAUGAGGAACUCUUCUGGUGUUUGUUUAUGAAUUACUUCAAUUUAGGUGAAGUAUUUUCUUUUUUAGAAGAUCUUAUAACUCUGGGUCAAGAUAUUGGUUCUUAUGGGUUGGUGAACACCGUGACCCGAGUCCUUGGCCAUCCAGCAUCAUCUGGGCAUCUCUAUUCCAACCAUGCAGCAUCGUUCUCUCGGCAUUCCUUUGCUCUGCUGUCUGUGCCGCUGAGUUUGGGUUUUCCUAGUCAUUUUGCAUGUGGCUCUUGUUCUCUCCCCAUCCCUAUUUCCAUCACUGCCCCCCCCCAUUUUAUUUUGGUAUGAAUUUUGUGAGCAUUGGGUAAGAGUCAUGGUUGGGAUGAGGAACAGCCUGUGGCACUAGUGUUAAAUAAAACCCAGAAGUUGGAUGUUGGCACACCACUUGUUGAAAAAAAAGAAAGUUCAUCUUCAUUUAUCAGUACACUUGGCCUUUAAAGUUGCUUUUAAAUAUUGAGCACAGAUAAUAGCAUUAUUCUCAUAACUGAUACUCUUGCAACAAAAUAUCCUUUUAAAAUUUCCUGUUAAAAUUAUACAAGUUAUCUCAUGUGAGAUUUUUGUUGUGAAAUUCUAGAAAAAUAUUGCAACCUCAUUGUAAUUUAUUUUACUUGUAUGAAUUUAAAAUCUCCAGCAUGUGUCUGUAUUUGGUAUUUUGUUCCUGUCAGCAGCAUUGGAAAGGAAAGGAAUAAGCUCGGUCAUUUCUGUUGUACAGAAGAUUUAUUCAUUAGGUUGGUACAGUUUCUGGCCAUAGAGUGAGAAGACUAAGUUGGCUUAGAUUGGCUGUGAUUCUUUGAGUCACACAGAUGAGCUGUUCACAGUAAUGGGUGGGAGGAAAAUAAAAGAUUUUAUUGUCUUUGUUCCUUCAGCCAGAGAGCAUAAACUUAGUUCUCACCAUCACUAAGAAGGGACCUGUAGUCCUUUAAGUUGCUGUCACUUGAGUAGCACUACUGGCUCUGCUUUGGUCAUGGAAAGUAUCAGGCAAGGUGUGAAAGCAAUGCUACUCCUGCCUUGGAUGGGCAGCGUUCUUCCAGUCUCUGCUACAUUGAUUGGCACUGUUGAGAUGUGUUAGAAGCUGGAAUAAUUGAAGCCAUGCAGAGCCUUGCUCUCUUUGGCCACAUGCCCUUUAGGCCAGCGUUUCUCAAAUAUUAGGAUGCAGUAUAAUCCUUGAAGGAUUUGUGAAAAAUGUAGGAAUCUGGGCCUGACUUUAGAAGACUGAUUUAGACAGGGAAAGGACCGGACUCUGUUUAUAAAAAGAACCUUAAAUCAUCUAUAUCCAGGUGGCCUCCAGGUCAUAGUUUGAAAACAACCUGAAAUUGCAGUAGGUAUUUCUAUACCCAUUUGGUGCUUAACACAACUCCCACAAGAUGUUUCAUCCAUUUAAACAGUAAUAAUAAUAAAUCAACAAUAGCAAUUUUAGAGUAGCAUAUAACUUGAAAUGGUAUUCAUUUCAUCGUUAGACAAAUGAAAGAAGUUAAAUGAUUUGCCUGAGGUCAUACAAAGUUAGUGGGAAGGCCAGAGCUUCAAGUCUUUUAAUUCCUCGCUCAAGCCAGUUUCUACUGUAUUAUGACGGCUGUUACAAACAUCAGUGAUGCCAGGCAGUGGUGGCACAUGCCUUUUAUCCCAGCACUCAGGAGGCAGAGGCAGCCUGGCCUACAGAGCGAGUACCAGGGCAGGCUCCAAAACUACACAGAAACCUCGUCUUAAAAAACAAAACAAAAAAAUCAGUGAUUAUGGGCAUUUUGUCUUUAGGUUAUAUUAUUGUGAAUAAGAUGAUCAGAUUGGAAAAGGCAGCAUGGGAGUAGAUGCUGAAAGUUUUAUCCAUAGCAAAAAAGGUAUUUAAUACAGAAAUGUUGAAACAGCCCAAAUACACAAGUAAACGCACAGUUCUUUAUAGUGCCCAUCAGCCAUUCACACACCUGUAAGAGCUUGUGUCUCCCAAAGAACAAUGCUAGCUCUGGGGCAGUCUUAAAAAAUUAGAAAAGCUGGAAAACUUGUAGUCAUUG